CGCUCCGAGAGCACACGCCGUCCAUACCGGUGAUGUUUGUGCCAAAAUACCAAAGAAAAAUUGCGUAAGCAAGGAUAAUAAACGGGUAGGUGGAGCUACCCGCAGACUCACGCCCCUCUAACUUUUUUCUCAAUGUCUGGGCGGAGCAGCCAGUACGCCUCGCGGCCUACGCGUUUCUCCGUGCCCAUGCACCAAAUAUAUACAGACAUCCCGACCGAUACGCGCCGCCGGCAAACACAACGUAAACAAACGUUUUAUACAUUCAAAUCUAUCUUCAUUGUGAUAUAAAUACAAGAAACACUGACCCAUAUAAAAGCUGGACUUGCAUGGACUUACACGGACCUAUCGCCUUGGUGUUAAAAGCUAUAAUUGAGUUCAUAACUGUGUUCAUAUAUUUUUCGGAGUGAUAAAGGAAUACAAUGCCACUGCACAAGGAUGUUGAGUGGCCAACAUGAAACUACCGCGGUUUGAUGAAGGCCAAAACUGCAUAAUGUCCCUGACAUUACCUAUAAUCAUAAUUUUCAUAUUACCAUUAUUAAAUAUGGCGAGCUCAAGAGAUGACUUACAAUUGCACUUAAAGUUGAACACGGCUCUCGCGUGUCGCUUCGUGCGAGGACUGACCAGAGAACAGCGAUCCAUCUGCCACGAGGCAGCCGAUACAGCAUCGGUGGCCUUCGAGGGUCUUCAGUUGGCGGUCAAAGAAUGUCAGCACCAGUUUAGAUGGCACCGCUGGAACUGUUCAAGCCUGUUAACAAAAAGCACGAACCCUCAUGCUAGCGCUGUAAUGAGAAGAGGUUUCCGCGAAGCAGCGUUCUUAUACGCUCUGACAGCAGCGGGUGUGGCCCACGCGAUAGCUCGCGCCUGCGCUCAAGGUCGUCUGGUCUCCUGUGGCUGCGACCCUCUCGGGUACCGAACCUCCCUCGACUCCCGGGGGAGGGCGCGACCCAACAAAUGGGAAUGGAGUGGCUGUUCCCACAACCUGGCCUACGGUGUGGACUUCUCUAGGAAGUUUCUGGAUAUACGAGAAAAAGUGGACGAUUUGCAGUCGAAAAUAAACGUGCACAAUAACAACGCGGGACGUUCGAUACUGUCUUCUCAAAUGGAAGUUCGAUGCAAGUGUCAUGGCCUAUCUGGAAGCUGUCAGUUGAGAACCUGCUGGAGAGCCACGCCUGAUUUCAGAAUUGUUGCAAGUACCAUUAAAAGACAGUACCGAAAGGCUCUGAUGGUCGCGCAAGAAGAGUUGAAUAACGGAGUAUCAGUACUUCGGGGCAGACCCCGCGGCAGGAGGAAGGAUCGGCCUCGACCAGCCCCUAAAACAAGCCUGCUCUUCUUUGAAAAAUCACCCAGCUUCUGUGAAGCAGAUGCCCGCAUAGAGUCAUCGGGUACAUCAGGUCGGGUAUGCCGAAUCGGUAGGACCUCCAGAUCAGGUUCCUGCGAUCUUCUCUGCUGCGGCCGAGGACAUGACCUCAUCCGAAAAUCUAGCAUCACACCCUGCAACUGUACCUUCCACUGGUGCUGUAGGGUUGACUGCGAGAAAUGUAAAGACGAUAAAUGGAUUGCAGUUUGUAAAUAGACAUCUUUCUCGGACUACCCGCGAGCAUUUUUCUAAACUGAAAUUGGUGGUACGAUAUCUGAUGCAUUACAUUAUUCAUAUGUAUGUUUGUCCGUUAGCUUGUAUAUAAGCUACUGCUCUGAAUUAGUCCUACCGAAUUAAAUUAUUGUAGGCUUUUAAACUUCACGUACAUGUAUGAGAAAUUAUUUUUUCUUUUAUUAUUAUGUAAGAGGAUGACUAAUGAGCUACCUAUAUAUCUAUGUGUCACCUGAUGAUAAGUGAUCACCGCCACCCACAUUCUCCUACAACAGCAGAAGAAUCACAGGAGCGUGGCCGGCCUAUUGGAUAGGUGUACCUACGCGCAUUUUUUCACGCCGUAUCGUCCUGCAAACACCGCACAAAGAAACUCAUUCCACAGCUUGCUUGUAUGUGGAAGAAAGUUCCUUGAAAAACGCACUGCGGAGGAAUGCCACAUAUCAGAUGAUGAGGAGUUACAAGUAAUAUAACAUUGUAUAGAAGUUAUGUUAAGCUCAUGUCAUCGUUUAGUGAUUAAUAUUCGAAAUAUAUAAAUAAAUCGGAAGACGAGAUCAAGACCAAACAAAAGCCUCUCGAAAACGGCGAAGUUAAAAUGCUAUUGUUAGUAAUAACGGAGUUUUGAAGGGGAGUCAUAUAAAUAAGUAUAUAAUUUGUCAAUGUAAUAUUUAUGCUAUUGAUAAAAAAACACAGUCCAGUUUUCAUGGAUGUGGUAAAGGAUAACAAUAGAUACAAAUGAUUAAAUAUGAAUUCAACUGUGUUUAAAUGCAAGUAUACUGUGAUUUUUUUAAGUGACGUUUAUGAUUAAAAAAUAAAAGAAAUGUGAUGGUCCAGGUUUUUUACAAUCCCGAAGAUAUAUUACGGGUUUAUUUGUAUCCAAUGUAAGAAAUGUAAGACUAUGAGAAGUAUUUUUUAAACAAGAGAGGCAAGAGUCUCACGUGAUGGGAUGUAAUGAACUAAGCAUAAAUAUCAAAAAACGUGUUGCCAUCCUUUAAGGUAAUCUACUAUCCCUAAUAAGUAUCGCUACAGGAAUACUACAGCCGGUAAUGAUUUCACUAAGUGGCUAGGCGAGGCAGAGUUUCUAUAGUCUGACAAUUCAUGCGCGACCGUCCUAUGGGGUGACAGACGUUGGCGGGGAGGGGUAGGUACUAAUGAUGUCAGCAUAUUUCUACUGUGUCACCCGCUACCCGCUGGAAUCUUCCUACCCCGCCCCGCUACGCUCUGUCAGCCCGUGGGACGGUCGCGCACGAAGUUGUCAGACUAUAGCAAAACGCGCGAUUGUAGAAUGACAAACUUCAACAUGAAUUGUGGGAAUUAAAUACAUUAGACAAUAUACAUAAUAUUAUACUCUUCAGUAUUAUAAACUUUCGUAAAUAGUAGUGGUCUGUAUUUUAAGUUUCAUUUCCCUUUCAUUUUAUUAUUUUUAUUUCAUAUUUUUACACUAAUUUUUUACUCUUUUGCAUAUAAAUCAAUUAUUGGUAGGUACCUAUAUUAAAUAAUUAAAAGGAACGCUUUAUCGUUCUUUGUCCUUUAGUUGCGAAAGAUUUCAUUUAAAAAAUAUACUAAGGCAUUCAUAUAGGAACUACCAUCAGAACUUUAAAAAUUAUAUUUUAAAACCAUCUACCAUAGCUAACAACACAAUUCCAUAAAGACAAAACCUUAUUAAAAUCAGUCCACAUAUACCACAGAUAAAAAUACAAAAUACAUACACAUUAAACUUACAAUAUCCCUCACUAAAAAGCAAAAUCAAAAUAAUUUAAUGCGAAAUAAUUAGAACAGUAAUUUCUACAUCUGACAGUUUACGAAAACAAAGUAAACUUGAUUGGUUGUGCAUUGACCACUCAAGGGAUCAAAAUGGGAGAAGGUUUUUCAUUAUCAAUCUUCAAAAGAAAAGGCCAAUAACGCUUCUUAUUACAGGAAUAAUUUAAAGUCUGAGAGAGAAAAACUAGAGAAUCGGCAGUGGUAAUCAAAUAGUUUUAUAUUUUUAGUUGAGCCAUAAGAAAAUGACCUUGUAUAGUAGUAAUGUGAUGUAAAUAUUUUUCCUAUACUAGUUAAUAAUUAGGUAUUUUACAUUGUAAUAUUGUACUUUAAUAUUUAUUGUAGCAAUAGGUUUGUAAUGAUAUAAGUAUUAAAAUAUUUCCUUAGACUAA